GGGGCGGGGCUACGCGUCUCAGCCGGCCAGUAGCAGCGCGGCGUCGUUGCAGGUCCCAGCAGCUCCAUGGGAGGAAAAAAAAAAAAAAUAGAGAGAGGAGACGAAUAACGGUACACUCCAACAUUUAUGGAGCCGAUCCCCGCAUAUCACCGCACUGCACCCGCAUCUCCUCCUGUGAUGAGCACGUGAGGAAACGUGCUUGCAGACGGAGGUGCUGAGCGCGUUUAGGGGCUGAGGAAAACAGGCGGUCCACCAUUGUCUGCGUGGAAAUAAGAAUGGCCUGGAUGUGGAAGAGGAAGUCCCUGAUCGCGACCAGUCUGAUUGUGGCAGUGUCGCUCUUUGUGGUGGUGGUGAACUAUUCCGAGAAGCCCUCCUUCCUCUUUCAGCCUGUAUUUGGCGAGACGUUGUUCUCCAAGCAGCCAUACAAGCCUUACAAGCCCCACCUGGGAUACGUCAGCAUUCCCAAACAGGAGCCCUUGAAGCUGAACUGCGAACUGUGCAGCAUCGUGUCCAGCUCUGGUCAGAUGCUGGGCCAGGGCGCCGGCCCGCAGAUAGAUCGUUCUCCCUGCAUCUGGCGGAUGAACAACGCACCCACACGGGGGUUUGAGAACGAUGUGGGCCGACGCACGACUCUGAGGGUCGUCUCUCAUACCAGCGUUCCCCUGCUGCUGCAGAAGCCCCAGUACUUCUUCGGCCAGGCCAACGACACGGUCUAUGUUGUGUGGGGGCCGCUCCGGAACAUGAGGAAAGACGGGAAAGGCAUUGUGUACAACAUGCUGCGGCAGGCGUCGGAAAACUACCCUCACGCCCGCAUCUAUGUCACCACAGAGGACAGGAUGAACCACUGCGACAUGGUCUUUAAGAAGGAGACAGGAAGAGACAGGAUCCAGUCCGGCUCCUACCUCAGCACAGGCUGGUUCACGCUCAUCCUCGCCAUGGACAUGUGCAAAGAGAUCCAUAUCUAUGGCAUGAUAAAUGACACCUAUUGCAAGACAGAGGAUUACAAAAAAGUUCCCUACCAUUAUUACGAGGCAGGCAGCCGGGACGAGUGUGCUGAGUAUCUCCUGCAUGAGAGUGCCCCAUAUGGAGGACACCGUUUCAUCACGGAGAAGUCCGUUUUUGCCAAGUGGGCAAAGUCUCAUGCCAUCAAGUUCUUCAACCCACCAUGGCAGCUGUCGUGACCCUGGCUGAAGCAGCAUGGAAGCAUCAUUAUCAUCAUCAUCAUAACUAUCAUCCACAGAGACAAAAUGUAUCUCUGCACUAACCAACACACAGCCAUUUUUGCACAAAUUCCACCCCAUAUCUAUUAAUAAAGGUUGUUUUUAAAGUCCUGGUUGGUUACACAUGGAGCCUCAUACAAAAAAAGAAAAAAAAAUUACAUAAAAGUUUGACAGCAAUGACACAUCUCCUGCUUUUUUGAAUUUAAAGCCUUCUCCUGAAUUUUAGAGCUGAGGCCUGCUGCUCUGCACUGACUAAUCGAUCCGCUCGCUGCUCUGUGAGUCUAGCGAAGGAUGGUUUGAACUUUAAAAAAAGGAGAAGAAACAAGCGUCCGUCAACUCGCAGUGACCUCAGUGGCUCAGAUGUCCGUAUUCUCUACACAUCACAGACGCCGAAUUUACAUUUUCUCUCAAGGCUGUAGCAGAAGAAGCGCUUAGCUGCUGCCGUGGAGGCGAGUCGCAUCAGCUUGGACGUCUGACGAGCUCGUCCACUUUGUUUCCUCUGCGUGUCUGUCUUCUGUCAGGCUGUAAUUAAUCUAUAACGAGUAUCAUUCAGGCCUUCAUCUCUGACUGAGCGAGUAGUGAAGGCAGAUGCUCUGUCAGAUUCAAUUUUACUCCGUUCUGUUCAAAGACGCUUCAAAACAAGGUCACGAGAAAAAGACAGCACUAGCAGAUUGCAGUCAAACUUGAAGGUAAACCAGAGGUGGAGAUGUAAAUCAGCUUUUUUGCUUCUGUGUGGUCAUACACGUAACUUAAAGAUGUCCUCUUUGUGUUAUUCUUUUUCUUUUUAUAAUGCUGUGAAAUUGACGAUUAAGACACAUGUUGUGGUGUUGGCCUGAUGUCCUGAUAGUUUGCUAAUUUAUUCCCGCGGAGAUAAAUUGUUAAUUCUCUUGAACAGUGUGCCAAUCGACAGUGUGAGUAUCACAGCGCACAGAACAAUGUGCAAUUAGAAGCUUCGUCUUUACGGAAGGAGUUAAGUCAUUUGUGACCCUGCAGAGGGAGAGAUUUAUAUGUGCAGUGAAACCAUUUGAAGUUAAUUGUAUUCUGUUAUCAUUGUGCCUGCAACAUACUCUGCAGUUCAUCGUAUAGACACAAAGGAAGAUGCUCUCUCUCAUACUCUCAUCCAGCUUUGUGCCUCUUUGUGUGAACGCAUCUUCCCAUUUGUCUCUGGAUGGAGCGUGCGCGUCUCUUGGCUCGGGCCAUUACAUUUGAAUGCAUCUGUUCCAGGACGGUGAAGAAUAAUCAGUGAAGUGGUGAGGUGUGUAUGCUGGCUGGUAGCUGUGGAUGUGACCACGACUGCCCCUCCUGAGGCUGUGAUUAGUGUCCUGGUCAGAGCGGUGGCCCAGAGGGGAGGACUGGAACGACUCAAAGACUUCAAAUACAGACUGCUCGAUGCAAACAGUCCCUGGUGAUUGCAGCUGAGAUCCAGAGUCUCAGUAUUGCUGCAAAUCAAUGCUUAACAACACACGGAGGCUAUGGUGUUUGUCUGAUGUGGUGAUUUGCAGAUCAAGUUUACAGGUUAAAACUUGACUGAACAUAAGCAUGAAAUCCAUUAGAUUUUUUUCAGGUCCAUUUGUAGCUUUUUCUAAUGCUUUCACUUAAAAGAAAAAUGGGGGUUUGGGGGUGAAAAGUCAAAUUUUUACAUAUCAGCAGAGUUUCGGCAACUCUGCACUCACUGCAUUUCAUUUGAAACCAGGUACCACCUACACGUUGAAAUUCAGUGCUUCAGAUUCUGCGCAAGUUAUUUGUAACCUAGUAAUCUUGUGUGAGUAAAAACAUAGAACAUGGGUGUCUGAAUGUACUUGCUGAUGGCACAGGAACGAUUAAGAAGGUGCUUAAUGUUGCUAAAACCUCAAGGCAGCUACAACUUGCAUAUGUGUAUUCAGAUUCAGUAGAAAAAACAAUUGUAACAAUGCAAUGACCAUAUAAACAACUCAUUUUUGAUCUUAACUUGUUGGCCUUAUAGCAUCCCCCCCGCCCUCCCCUCCCCAACAUCUAAGCUGCUUUUAAAGCCCAUAAGAUGUAGCUGGAGACCUUGAAAAACAAAGGUAUUGGAUGUACCUCAAGUUUAAAGGCACCUUUGUGGAGUUUUUUUUUUUAAUCAAUAAAUAGCAGUUAAAUUUACAUUCAGAAGUCAUUGUGCGUAUCCUUGAGUUUAACAGCUACAAUGAAUGGACUCCCUACUCAAAAAACACUCUCAUAGCCCCAUUUUGUGACAAACAAAAUGUGGAGCCACUCGUAGAGAAAAAGAAACAAACAAACAUUCAGAGCAAUAUUAGAGGUCACAAACUCCACAAAGUACUUUUAAAGGUUUUUCUUUUUUCAGAGUUUUCUACUUUGAAGAGGUACACUAAAGCACUUUCAGACUCCACCUCAAAUAGUUUACUUUGUAACAGUUUUCUAAACUCUCUCUGUCAGUGUUGUUUGCCUGAAGCCGUUUUCACACAUGCACUUUGGACAAUUUUGUGAGAAUCAAGUUGGGAUAUUUUCCACAGUUGUCUUUCCUCAUAUGUAUCACACAGCAGGAAAUAGUCAAUUUUAGAUGCGUUUGCCAUCCUAGAAAUACUCUGUGUGGUUUAGGUGAGGGAGCUGCAUAUAUACGACUUCCUGGAGGCAUUACACAUGAUGCACUCGCUGCAUGUAAUAUUAGAUACUCUGCUCUCACGUCGGCACACGUCAUACAGCCUUUGUACAAGUGAGCUGGCAGGUUAAAGACCAGCUAAUGCCUGAUUUAAUUGCAUUAGACAUUUGCAGUCUCACCUCCACCUUUGUUGGGUUAGUCCUAGAAAGGUUCUGUGCAGCAGUCCAUGCAUGAAAACUGCUUUUUGUUACAAUUUUUUGUGCUCAAGCUUAUUUAUUUGAAUCCCUAAAAUCAUAAUCAAUCAAAAACUAACAAAGUAGUUUAAGUUUUGAAGGAAAUUUACAGUAAUGGGGUCUAACCAUUAUUUCCAUGGUCUAGACAGAACUUUCUUGCAGGCUUAUAAGAAAUCCUAUUGAUAUUACACUUCGACAGCUUGAUCUGUAUGACAGCUGAGCAAAGCCUUCCCCUGAUGAAGACAGUCUUCUGUGAUUGAAAGCUGUGGAAAAAGCUGGCAUGUGGAUUUUAUUGUCAAUUUUAGAGCAGUUUUAGCACAUCAGUAAAAUCAAGCUUUCUGUGUUCUUGUGUAUCUGAUGCACUUUUUAAAACAACAGUAUGUUUCAGUCCAAGAGAGCACAGCAAAAGCUCUGCUUCUUUACUCAAAACUGUUGUCACCUUGUCACUCGUUAUAAGUCAGCCCAGCUGAUGAGCGCAUCGGCAAAAUGUAAAACCUUCCUGCUUUAAAUUCCUCCCGGUGUAGCUCAGCGGAUAGGAGACGGCCGUAACACAGGCGGGGUCAGUGGUCAGAUUUCCUCGGGGAUGGCGCGUGUUCAAGAGGUGUUUGGAAUCCCAGCACGACGGGUAGCAGUGGAUCAAAGUGUCCUCCACAUGUACGUGAAGUAUUAGAGCAUGAAAAUGAAAUCUGGGCCGGCAGAGUUGGAAAUCAUACUUCUUCCCCUUCCCGUGGGGACAAAACAGCCGUAGACACUGAAGCGUGGAUACGUACAGUAGGCCAUGCAUGUUAAACAUUUAACAUACAUGUUUUAUACAUCUCGCUCAGCACAUGAUUGUGCAGUCAUCUGGCAGCUCUCCAACAGGCAGUUGCAUUUCUGCUGUAGUUUUCAACCUACAUUGUAAAGUGCUUCACAUCAAUAUAAGAAACUGAGAUUUGCUGUGAGACACGUUUGAUGUGUUUUUAGGGUUUUUUGAUGAAUUAUUUGAAGGCUUUUUGUUCAUUUACUCACAAGUGUGAGUACUUGGAAAAGUAUCUCCAAUCCUCCUUUUGUGGCAUGUUUUUAAUUUAUGCAUUGAUGCCUUUUUUGUUUGUUUGUUUGUUUGUUUGUUUGUUUUUUGUUGAUGCAGUGGUUUGUGUGCAGUCUUGUUUUUAUUUCUGCUGCUUCAGGCCGCGUAGUUGGUUAUUUUCUGAGCAACAGACACUGCAUUGUUCUCCGCUGGAGCACACUGGAUGAAAACCCACGGAUGCAUUAUACAGUAUAUUAUGAAGAAUACAUCCUCUUAUGGGCUCUCAUGAAUCAUCUGUGGCUCACAGGAAGGGGACUGAAUAAAAGACUGGGCAGAGAUGCAGGCAAAUAAUAAGGUAGUUUUAUUUCCAGAAGUUCUUUUUUUUAAAUGCAAGAGCUUUUUUUUUGUUUUUUAAAGAAAAUAUGAGCGUUCAUAUCUGCCAGCUAAAUAUACAGCCAGCAACAGGUUACAGUAGGUUAGCUUAGAAUAAAAAAUGAAAAUGGGUCAUAAAAGGUAACAAAAUCCACCUAAUAGCAUCUCUGAACUUCUCCCAUUAAAAUGUUUUAUAUCUUAUUUGUUUACAAAAACUUUGCUCUUUUACAUAAUCAUUACUAGUUGGCCAGCUAUGAAGUGGUUUUCCCUUGUUUGCAGCUUAAGUCGGGGGCCUGAAGCUUCAUAUUUACUGUACAGAUAUGAGAAUGGAAUUGAUUUGCUCAACUAUUUUUUUGUGUCCCAAAAUUCUGAACUAUUUUACCCCUUUUGUUCUCAUCCAAACCUUAAAGUAUCCCUUAAAUAACCUCAAGUCAUGUUCUGAGCAGUGCUGUUUAAUUUGAAAGAGUAUAAACGGUCUUUAAAUCAGAAGAAUAUUAGAAGAAGUCUGCACUCGAAUGAAAACACAGAUCAGCUACAACAUUUAGACUGGCUGCUAAAUAUUGAGCCGUCCCCCUUUCUGUAGCAAAAACAGCUCUGAUCAUAUGUGAAGGUCAUCCUGUAGACUGGGUGUGUUGUAGGGCAUCUAGCACAUGCUGCAGAAGUUUGGGGGCUGGAUCACCACCUUAGGCUCAUUUUCGUGUUCCUUGAUCUGUUUCUGGGCAGUUUUUGUCUGGAGUAGGUACCCCUACUCUAGCUUUCUUAGCUCAGAAUUUAUUAGCACUAGUCCUACAUGAUCAGGUCAGUUUUACAGAGCAGAGCAAUGCAGACACACUAGCACAUGCUUAUAAAUGACAAUGCAUCGCUAACUAUGGCAUACGACAGGAUGUAAGCUUUCUAAGCAGAACACUGGGUUGAUGACAAGAUGAUAAGUGUAAUUAAUUUCACCUGUCAGUGUUUUUAAUGUUGUGGCUGAUAGGUGUAAAUAAAAAUUAGGGGCAAAUGUUGAAGUUAAAAGCAAACCGAAGUCCUGAUUAAAACAUUUGAGACUCGACAUUUGCAGAACAAAGCCGUGAAUUUUAUUAUUCGUCACAAUUUAAAAUACACUCAUUAUUUUUUCUGGGUGUCCUGCUGUGAUAGUCGAGGUAAUUACAGUUUGGAAUUUAGUUACAAUUUGACAAAACUUUUGAUUGUCUUCAGUUCUUUAUGUAGCACAUUAUUUAUUCGCUCCUAAUUAUUGUACUUGUUGCCAUUUUAAACUCUUAAAGUGCUUUUUUACAUUGAAAAGUUUGUCAUCUCCUUUCCUCUGUGCAUGUCUUACAGUUAUUUUGUGUCCUGACACAUGUUUGUUUUUCGUGUCCGGAUUAAGUGUCCUUGUGAAGUGUGUAACUUUGCGUGUUUAAGUUGCAUAGAAUGUAAAAUGACACUGUGAUGAAAAAAAGUGGUUUUGCUAACACAGCUAACACACCUUUUUUUUUUAAUCAGUAGUGAAAUAACAUCCAAAUGCUGCAUGGAUUUUUGCAGGUUAUUGAAUUGUACAUUUCGUUAAGAAUAAUAAUAAUAGUGAUUAUAUGUGAUACUUCUGUCAUUUGCUGUCUGCAUAUUAGCUAAAAUUAGAUAUAUUGUGAAUGUUCUUAUUUUUACCGAUGUGAAGUGUGUCCUCUGUCUUUUAUUCACUGUGGGGAUUAAAGAAAACCGUAAAACUCC